AUGUCUGAGAAGAAGAAGUUGAAGUUGAAGAGCUCUGAUGUUCGUAUAUUCUUUGUUGAAGAACAUAUUGCCAUUCAGUCCAUUAUGCUCAGGCUUAUGGUGAAAGACGGUUGCGCAUCCAACACAAUUCCGUUACCAAAAGUCAAUUCCAAAACGCUAGUGAUGGUGAUCUAUUAUUGGAAACAACACGUGGAUCCAAAAGUGGAGCAAGUCGAUCUCGAAGCUUUUGACGCACAAUUUGUGGACAAAGAUCAGGCAACAUUGUACGACUUUCUAAUGACUGCAAAUUAUCUCAAUAUCCCAUCGUUAUUGGAUAAGUUGUUCCAGAAGAUUGCUGAUAUGAUUAAAGGAAAGUCACUAAAGAAGAUCUGA